UCACGGACGCCGUUCUCUACGGCCUAGCGAGCCGGCGACCGGGAAUCAGUUUGACCCAGGCUGUUCACCUCACUCGUCUUAUGCUCUACGAGGAUGCGGACUCGUGCAUGCUGCGUCUCAUUGAGUGCUUCAUGGAAGCAGCACCCCAGCUGCUCCUGCAGCUUUACAUUCUCCUUUCACAACCGGCUCCCGAUGGUGUUGUUCGACUUUGUCUUAUCAACCCCUUUCCCUUUAAUCCACCCAUAUCCCCUCCAGUUAUCGCACAGUAUGUCUCCUGUGGAACUUCUUGGCUGUCACUGGCCUGGUGCCUCACCGCCUACCAGUCCGCGCUUCGUAACUCCAGAGUGGAGAAGGCGAACCUUCGCUUCCGCGGCACCGUCUUCUACUUCCUCUGGAAGGUCGGUGUCCUGCUGUCCCGUCUGCUUGCCCUCGCCCUCCUCGCGGACGCCUUUCGGGCCAUCUGGUUCGCAGUC